AUGAUUAAAAUAUAUAAAAUAACAAAUAAUAAAAAAUCAAUAUAUGAAGAUUAUAAAGAAAUGUAUAGUAUAUCAUUACGUGUAAAUGAAACAUCAACAACAUUUCCUAAAGAUUUAUAUGAUGCAAUAGAACGUUUAAAAAAAUUAUGAAACUAGAUGGUAUUCGAGUUUCGACUCGAAUACGAAAUGCGGUGCGAAGCACGAAUUUUCGAAAAGACGGUAUUUCUUAGAAAACGAAAAUUCAAUUGUCGAGCUAAUAGAAAUUGUCAUUUCAGGUUGAUUUGUGGACGGAUUAACGAACCUAGACACUUCGCUGGACGAUUCGAAUUCGAAAAAUUAAUUUUUCACCAGUCCGCUAAAAUAUGUGGUGAGCAAAUGGAAACCU